CCCGCCUUCUCCCUUUCUCGAAUCUCGCGCGACAGUCACCAGGCUAGCUAGUUAGUUAACAAAUCUUUAUUAAUUUAUUUGACCGUUUUGUUGCGAAAUUGAAAAAUGUAGUUUUCAAAAGACAAAGUUACACUUCGUAAACGCAUUAGUCUAUGCGAAUUUGUCUUGCGUCUUAAUUGUUGAAACGCUUAAUUUGCCGCCUUUUAUUGUAACUACCCUGUUUACGUUAGCUUCACCUAAGACAUUUGCUAUUGUUGUUGCCUGGGAUAGCAAGCCACAGUAACAGCCCAAAAUGACUUCAGCCUCUACUAAGGUGGGAGAAAUCUUCUCUGCAGCAGGAGCAGCCUUCACCAAGCUGGGUGAGCUUACCAUGCAGCUGCAUCCAGUAGCUGACUCUAGCCCUGCAGGAGCCAAAUGGACAGAGACUGAGGUCGAGAUGCUGCGGUCAGCUGUGCGGCGCUUCGGUGAUGAUCUGAACAGUAUCAGCUCUGUGAUUAAGGAGCGCACUGUAGCCCAGAUAAAGACAACAGUGAAGAGGAAACUGUAUGAGGACAGCAGGGUGCCCCUCUCCUCCGACUCCCCCAAAAAGAUCACCAAGAAGACCACAGUCAUCAUGGCAGCCGCACUAGCACCCGUGGCCCCCACUGUCAUCGCAGUGCCCACCUCACAGGUUGUCGUGACUACAGGGCUGCAGAGCCCCUCUAUGCCCACUGCCAUCAAGAAACAGAAAACAGCAGAUGUGACACUCAGUGCUCUGAAUGACUCUGAUGUGAACAGUGACUUGGUGGACAUUGAGGGACUGGGAGAUAGUUCCAACACCAAGAAGCUCAACUUUGAUCAAGAAAGCCUCAACCUGGACUCCAGCCUAAUCAUGAACUCCAGUGACCUGCCCCUCCUGUCUCGCUGACCUCUAACCCACUGUACCAUUGGGUUGGAAACACUCUGUCCCUAUAUCACCAGAGAGCAGACUACAGUUAGUAUCUUUGUUACAGAGCAUUUUUGGACACAUUUAAGCAGAUGUGUAUUUUUAUGAACAGACCUCUCUCCCCAUCAUGUACUUCUCUAUUCAGUCAUUUCUACUGAGGAACCCUUCUAUUUGGCUGUUUCUCACAAACCUAGUUUGAUGUAUAGCUUUUUUGUAUUGUAACAUUUAUUUGCUCUGCUAAUUUUCAAAGUAGUGUAUUGCAGCUACAUAUGCUGUUCAUGAUCUCCAGAGAGAAAUGUUGUUUCAGUGCAGAUGUCCAUCGUGUAACAUAGAGUGAGUGUACAUGUUGUCUACCACUGGUUGAUAUUUAUAAAUGCAAGACACCAGCUAUUACUGGUAUUUCAUUUUGUUCACAAUGGUUGUCAUGACAUGAUUCCUCUUAUGUUGAUGUGUAGUAAAAUGUUAAUCUCU